UCUUGAAUCCAACCUCCUCUGAAAAAAAGCUCUGAGGUACUCUUUAGCGUCGCUACUACCAAGCCCCAAGCGGUGUCUUCCGUAUAAAUAGUGGCGAGAAGGAGAGAACAUUGUCAGUCACUGCUCAGGUUCAGAACUGCUCGCAAAGAUGGUCUUCGUUCUGGCUCCCGCAACUAUCGUGUUGUUGAUGAUGGUUCUGGUUGCCGUGGCCGCACAAGAAACCGUACGCCGACGAAGAAAGCAGCAGCAGUUUGACCAAACAUCGUCUUCGAAACCUAAGAGAAGUGACGACCUGGAGAUCGCUAGACCACCACUGCCACCUGGCCCGACUCCAAUUCCGUUUCUUGGCAACUUGUAUACUCUUUCCAAAUACAGUGAUUGUCCAUAUGAAGGUUUCUCUGCUUUAGGGCGGAAGUAUGGACCCGUCUACUCUCUCUCAAUGGGCAGUAACCCCGCCGUUGUCGUCGGCACGUACGAAACUAUCAAGGAGGUUCUCAUCACCAAGGCUAACAAGUUCGACGCUCGCCCAGACAUCCUACGAUUCCGAUUAUACUUUGGUGGAAACCGUCAGCACUCACUUGCUCUCUGUGACUGGAGUGAGCACCAGAAGCGUCGCAUCACUCUGGCUCGCUCCUUCCUCAUGUUCCGUGGCAACGACGACUGUCUCAAGAUCUUCGAAGACAACGUCAUUUCCGAGAUGCCCACACUCACCAACGAGAUUGACAUGGUGCUCAACAAACCAAUCAAUAUUAAGGAACUGCUGUCGUAUUGCGCAAUGAAUAUAUUCUGCGGCUACAUGUGCUCCAAGAAAUUUGAAUACAAGGAGGAAACUUUCCAGCAGCUUGUCAAGAAUUUCGACUUCAUAUUCAAUGAUAUUAACAAUGGACAUCCAACAGACUUCUUGCCAUCUUUAGUUCCUUUCUUUGGUUCCUACUUGAAAAAAAUUAAUUCAACCACAGCCUCCAUCAGAGAAUUCAUUUUGGACAAUAUCUGCAGGGAAAAAUACAACGUACUGAAGAGUGAUCCAACAAAAAUCAGUGAUCUUGUUGACGCAUGCUUCUCAAAUCUCCUGGUUGAAAACGCAGAAGAAAAAUGGGAUUGGCAGACCAUUCUGUAUAUUGUGGAGGAUCUUCUAGGAGGUUCUUCAGCUAUCGGCAACAUCGUUAUGAGGUUCCUGGGAUACACUCUCCAACAUCCUGAUGUUCUACAGUGCCUUCAGUCAGAGAUUGACAGCAAAAUUGGAAGGGAACGAGCCCCAACUCUCAAUGACAGACAUGAUAUGCUUUACAGUCAGGCAGUACUUUACGAAGUGUUAAGACUUACGUCAUCUCCUAUUGUACCACAUGUAUCAACCGAAGAUACCACCAUCGGAGAUUACUAUGUAGAGAAAGGAUCAAUAAUAUUCGUAAAUAACUUCGAAAUGAACAGUUCCCCUGACUUAUGGGACGAGCCCCAAAAAUUCAAGCCAGAAAGAUUCCUUGUUGACGGCAGCCUGAAGAAACCUGCUCACUUCAUCCCCUUCAGCACCGGGAAGCGAGCAUGUGUAGGGUCCAAGGUGGUCACCAACAUAACCUUCAUCGUCAUCACUACCCUACUGCAGAGAUACAACAUUGCUAUUCCUGAAGGCACUAAACCCGAACUCCCAAGAGGAAAGAUCUCCUUAGACUGGGAUGCAUUUGAUCUUAUAUUUACGCAACGUAAGUGAACGUACAUAUUAUCUUAACUUAUUCACAUAAAGGAGAAAAUAUAAAUGCUUUCUUCAUAAGUCAAAGGAUAAAUUACAGUAAACUGAGACUAUUACAAAUAUACACGUUUAAUUUUGCGUGGUUGUGUUUAAAUUGUCAUAUUCUUCAAUUAAAUACUCACAUUAAACACCAUGAAAAUUAUGACUCCAAUAUACAUUGGUCACUUUCACUUCUGCAUUUUAAAUUAUAUAAAAUUAAAUUAUAGUACAAAAUAACAUUGAUUUUCAUUGUGAAACAAUGAAAGUAUUUUGAAAAUUUAAAAGUGGAUAUAUUAGCAUUGCCUUGAGAAACAACAAAAUUAACAAAAUAGCAAAACAAUACUAAGUAUCAUUAUGUUUUAACAUAAAUGAGUGUCUCGGAGGACCUCACAUCUGACUACCUAAACUUACGAAUUCCGUCCAGAUAUGUUUGCUAUUCUUUAAUUUGGCACGUUUUACAUUUUCAUUGUUCUGUUAUCAAUGGAAUGGAUGUUUAUGCAAACCACUGAGGCUAUUCUUUAUAUAGGUAUUAUAAUUGUUAUGCUUUGGGAUAUAUAAAGCUACUCGGAACUUAUAACGGAGAAGUAGAUUUUGGAUGGGAAUAACAAUACUGCUAACUCUAGUUGUAAGGAGAAAUUAUUCACUCAGUACCACUUGUAGUUUUUCUGGAAUUACCGAAAACGUUGUACACAAAUAUGUUGUAAAUUUACUAGAAAGUAUGAAAAUUAUAUUUAUUAUACAAAAGACACCUGACAGAACCUCGUUUUGUGUAACGACUUUAGGAUGUGCUUUAAUUAAGAACACGUGCCGACGUUUCAUAUAAGGAUUGUAAAUUGUAUUUUUACUAUACAAAACCAUUCUUAAUCUUACUUCAUUAUAAUACAAAUCCUUUCACUAAAAAUUUAAUCAGCUCACAUACCACUGCUCACAGAAAUCCAAUCUUGGCAAGCCUUUCUGACAUAAUGUAGAGUGAACAGUAACUGCAGGGUUCGUAACAUCAAUCAAAUGUUUCAAAAUAUAAUGUGUAGGUGUAGUGUGACAAGAUUUUAUUCAUAAAAAUACCCGCUUCAACAAUCAAACUCAUAGUGACUGUACUGUACAUCCUUGGUAAUUAGAUCUUGUGGGGGUAUUUUCAUUGGCUGUUGGUCUCACCUAGUCCCUAUUAUUGUUACUUGUGACGAAGCAAGCAAUUUUGAGUCGAUGGUUGCAAUCUGAUCAACAACAGCAGGUUAAUGUGACAAAUGCUUCCCUAUACAGUACUUUAAGUUGCUUACUUCGCUGCAUAUUUAUUACUGUAUGUUAUCAGCAAUAUUUCUGGCAAAUAAAGUCACUGGAAGAUAUAAUGCUCAAUGGUUAAGAUUUUUUGUUACAACUAAAGGUAUUAUAUUUUUGAAUGACUUUAUCUAUUUGUGUAAAUGUGUUUUAAGUGCUCUCAUGUUAUGUUUUACCUGGUAAUGCAGGUUAUCAAUUCUCUCAAUUAUUUAUAUUAAAUGAUCGAGUGAUUUUCCCAUGACAAUGUUUAAUUACUUUUAGCAAUCAGUGAGGAUUGAAACGCAUGACUCACAGUGAAGCUGUUUUACCUCAGUGAGUAAAACGUUGUGAAUAUGGUCAGUCAGCGAAGAGUCGCUGAUAAAAAAUGUUGUGAAUGUGGCCGAUCAGCGGCGAGUCGCUGAUACAAACGUUUUUGAUCUCCACGUGUAUAUUCUGGUCGAACAGUUUUUUUUAAUAAGUUCUCAUGUUCUCUUCAUUUCGAUGGAGGCCAUUCAGUACCCAUUUACGUGCCCACCUUUAUUGUAUUUAUUUUUGCAUUUCCUGUGUUUCACUUCAUGUUUAUGUUUUGUGCUUUAUACAGAAACGGAAUAAAA